GUGAAAAAAUGUUCCUAGUAUGUGUAAAUAACCCAAAUAUUUUUGGAUAUUUAUACAUUAUUGAUGUGGUUAGUUAAAUGGUGUCAUUGAAAGUAAGCUAUUCCAUGGAUGUUCAUCCAACUUGAAGAAAAAAGGCUGAAAAUUGCUAAUCUCACAGGAUGAUUGUGCAUGAUCAGGUGUAAUAAAGGUUUUAGGAAAAGUAUAACAGUUAAGUAGAGCCAAAAUAUGAUUUCUUUUGUUCAUAUUUCUAAUUCUUAUAGUCUUUCCAGAACAUAAUAAAUUGACAAAGUGGUUUUUUUGCUUGAAUCUGUUUCUUGUCUUUGUGUAUGUGUUUGAUAUUAGCAAUAGAACUCAUAUAAUUGUUUUAUGUUAGUUGAUUCAGUGGAUUUUCUCCAUCUGUCCUUUUGGAAAAAUAAUAAAACGCUGCCGGUGGAGAGGAUGAUUAUGGUAAACCAGGUAUGCACAAGUAAGCAUUUAGAGGGUGGCAGUUUUGCCUGGUUUUGGUCUGUGUUUAUCCCUCAGUUUGCAUGUCUGCUGGCUUUGGACUCUUUUUUUUUUUUUUCAUCUCUGGUCAGGACCCUUGUAGAAGGAGUCUCCUUUGCUAACUCCAUCCUCACGUCAGCAGCCUUGUGUAUCUCUACAUCAUUCUAACUGAAAUAUAUUACAUUUUUUCCUUUUCAAUUCUGAUUUUUAGUUCUUUUUAUUCACUUGAUUACCUCGUCAUUUCCUUCCGCUCUCUUUUAGUUCUUGAUGAACAGAGAAACAUAUCAUUAGCACUUACUGCUCACCUACUUAAAUAGAAAAUAGCACCACCAUUUCGCUAAAUGUACCUUGCAUUCAGUCAUUUACUGAAGGCAUCACAUAGUAUUCAUAAUGUAAAAUAAAUUCAUUGUAUUUUGUAAACUAUUUGCUGGAGAAAAGUAAAAUCUGUGAAAUGUGAUAAACUAUGUCCUCAUACCUAUACAGUGUGAUUGAUUCGGAGAGAAAUGGGUUGCAUUUGUAAUGAAGAAGCACUUAAAUACUCAUCUACUAGGCAAACAUGGAGUUGGUACCCCAAAAGAAAGGAAAUUCACAUGCCACUUAUGUGACAGAAGCUUCACCGAGAAGUGGGCCCUGAACAACCACAUGAAACUCCACACGGGAGAAAAGCCCUUCAAGUGCUCCUGGCCCACGUGCCACUACUCAUUCCUCACAGCCUCCGCAAUGAAAGACCACUACAGGACGCACACAGGCGAGAAGUCGUUUCUUUGUGACCUCUGUGGCUUUGCUGGUGGGACCCGGCACGCCCUCACCAAACACCGCAGGCAGCACACAGGAGAAAAACCUUUCAAAUGUGAUGAGUGUAACUUUGCCUCCACAACUCAGUCCCACCUGACUCGGCACAAGCGUGUGCACACUGGAGAGAAGCCAUACAGGUGCCCCUGGUGUGACUACAGGUCAAACUGUGCUGAAAAUAUCCGCAAACACAUUUUGCAUACUGGGAAACAUGAAGGAGUCAAGAUGUACAACUGCCCCAAAUGUGACUAUGGGACGAAUGUCCCUGUAGAAUUCCGAAACCACCUGAAAGAGCAACAUCCUGACAUCGAGAACCCGGACCUCGCUUAUUUGCAUGCUGGCAUUGUGUCCAAGUCCUACGAGUGCCGUCUGAAGGGACAAGGUGCCACCUUCGUGGAGACAGACAGCCCCUUCACUGCAGCCACUCUGGCAGAGGAGUCUCCCAUCAAAGAGAGGUCCCUGAGGAGCAGCAAGAGGCAGGCCCCACCCCCCGAGCAGGUCCAGCAGGUCAUCAUCAUCCAGGGCUAUGAUGGCGAGUUUGCCCUGGAUGCCUCUGUGGAGGAGACCGCUGCGGCCACGCUGCAGACUCUGGCAAUGGCUGGCCAAGUGGCCAGGGUGGUACACAUCACAGAAGAUGGACAAGUCAUUGCCACAAGUCAGAAUGGGGCGCAUGUGAGCGGCGCACUGCCUGGGCCCAUCCUCCCCGAGCAGCUGGCUGACGGAUCCACUCAAGUUGUUGUUGUCAGGGGCUCAGUGGAAGGUCAUGGUGUGGAUGAGUCCCUUGGUCCUAGUGGUGCUGUGAUACAGCAGGUGACCAAGCAGGAGAUUUUAAAUCUCUCUGAGGCUGGAUUCCCUCCUCCCGAUGCCUCUUCAGCCCUAGAUGCGCUGCUGUGUGCUGUCACUGAGUUAGGAGGGGUGGAGAACAGGGCUGGGCACGAGGAGAAGGGCAGGUCCAGCCAUAAGGACAUGCUGAUCCAGCUGCCCAGUCAGGAGACAUCCCAUGGUGCUGCCCACCCCGAGACCCCAGAGAUCCAGACGUUCCAGGACACCCAGGAGAGUCCAGCAGCCAUGGAAGUGCUGACCCAGGUCGUCCGGCCCUCAACCAUCAUCACAUCUCAGGAGCGAGCCCAGGUGGCUUUCAAGAAGAUGGUCCAGGGAGUCCUCCAGUUUGCAGUGUGUGACACAACUGCGGCCGGCCAGCUGAUCAAGGAUGGUGUCACCCAGGUCAUCGUGAAUGAGGAGGGUGCUGUCCACAUGGUGGCCGGGGAAGGUUCCCAGUUCAUCAUGCAGGAGGCUGAGGCCCACGGCCUGCGGGUGCCAGCCGAGCACGUGGACCUGAUGGAAUCAGAAGGGGAAAUCUCUCAGAUCAUUGUGACAGAUGAGCUAGUCCAAGCCAUGGUCCGGGAGUCCGGCAGCAACUUUCCUGAGGGCGCAACGCACUACAUUGUGACAGAGUUGCCCUCGGCAGAGCAGGAGGAUGCAGGCUUGUACUCCCACACAGUGAUCGAGACAGCGAGCCCCCAGGAGAUCCUGCAGGCGGAGGCUGCUCUCAGUGCUGAGGCUGUGGCCCCGGAUGGUGCAGAACAAUUGGCAAGCAUGGUCAUUUACACCCAGCGUGACCGCUCCCCGACAGCGACAGUGAUCCAGAGCCAAAGAGAAAGCAGUGAACUCCAAGAAGCUUGAGGCACAGCCUGCGCACUGGGCUUCCUCAACUGUAUUUGUAAAGCUUCCAAACAGUGACUGCAGAGGAGUGCCGAACAUGCCCUCCUGGUCUGUGUAACACCAGCCACCAAAAAGGCUCACACAGAGGGCACAGAGCUGGGCCCAAAGAGUAGGUUGCCCAGGGCUGUAAGACGGAUGGGCAGGUUGGGACCCUGUGCUGUCAAACCCAUCACUGGGCCCUUUGCUCUUGGCCUUCCCCAUCUUGCCAGUGCACUAAGAAGCCACUUUCCCCAACUUUCCUCCCACAAGUGUUUCCUGCUUUACUCGUCAAGUCAAAGGUGGUGUCCUGUGAUGGGAAGUCAGAAAUGUCUCCAGAGGUCUCAGACUGUCUGCUCCGGCUGCAGAGCAUGCAGCUCUGUCAGCGUCUUCUGCGUUUGGUUAAAAAUUGCAGCUGCAAUGAUUAUAUCCUCACACAGUCCACCCAUUCUUUUUUUCCUUUUAAUUUUAGGAUAAUGGUACCCCAGACCAAAGGAAGCCUGUUGGUUCAUUUUAUGCAUAAAUUUCUCCUCUUCAAACAUUUUAGGCAUGUCCACCGCUCUGGUUGCAUUCUUCAUAAAAGAAUCUUACGCCUGUGGUUAGAAAGGCCUCAAUGUUUACAUUCAGUGAAAAUACACCUUGGUGAAGACAACUGAUGAUUCUAAGUUUGAUUUAGUUUCAUACCAUAAGGUCUAUUCAUGAAAUGUACACCCUGGAAAAUAUCAUCCAUAUCAAUAUUUUGCUUUUUACAACAAACAUUUGUUCAUCUCGCUCUCACUUUUACAGGAUUCAUUUGUGAUUAUGUCAGUAUGAAAAGUCUGACAUUAAACAUUAACAAAUGGAACCCAUGCCCUGUAGCCCUCACCCACCCAGCAUUGUCUGUAUUCAGUUGUGGAUUCACUGCCACUGCUGGAUGCAAGUUUGUGUUCCAGUAAUUUGUUUCUUGAUACGAUUGUUCUUCAUUCUUUUUCAAAUUGUAAAAUAAUCCCCUCCCUCAAAGGCAAAAACUGUUUUUGUUCUGUUUCUGUUGUCUUUGGAAUAAAAUUAUAGCAUUGAAAGAUGAUGUUUUAACAUUACUGAGUAGCCGGCUG